AUGGCGGGGCUGUUUGGGCCCCCUCCCUCCUUUCGGCUCUCGAGUUUGGAUAAGGCAGAGUGGAGGAAUGUCGCGCCGGAGAAGAGCUGGCAAGAGCUGAGCGUCUCUUGGGGCGAGAGGUUUUUGGGCGGAAAGACGCACGAGAGGCCGUUGGUCCAGUUUGCCAAGCGAAAACCAGACUGGGAGAAGCAUACGGCUGAAGAUGUGCUGAGGAUCCUCAACCCUAGCGACUCAAAGCCGGGCGCUAUGCUGCACCCUCUUACGUCUGACGCCAAGGCGUCGCUCUUUGCGUAUGGCGCCCAUCUCCACAAGUCGGCCGUUACCCUCCCCUUGUCGCUCUUUACUGCCCUGGGCUUUACUUCAUACGAACAAGUACCCGCAAGAACUCCCAUCGCCACAAAUCUCGGUGCCGUCCUGUUUAAAGCUGCCCAAACGCCCACUUCGACCGCUGCCGUUUGGAUCACUGACGGCCGUGUACCCCGGGGCAAAGACAAGCCCAUCGACCCCAAGAUCCCCAUGGCCGAAGCUAUCAAGCUCGCAGGGCACGGCAAGAUCCUGGAGAAUGUACAAAGAGACGUGGGAAGAGAGGGAGAGGAUGUCAAGGUGCUCGCCCUCAUAGGCGGAGGCUACUUUUCCAACGGUAUCGCCCUCAACACCAUCGAACACGCCUCCUCCCCCGGCCAAGAGACCUGGGACAAUAUCUGCGCCAGCGAUAAUAUCGUCUCUUUCCUCUGCUCCGACAUUUCCGACGAGCAGCCUGCUUUCAUGCAAGGCCAGGGCAAGGCGUUGAGUCAGAGGGUCAUUGUGACAGUAGCGUGUGUGAGGUGGAAUGCGGCUGCUGGUGGUGUGGCGCUCGUUACGGCUUGUGAUGUCGUCCUCGCCGGCCGCGGGGUGGUUUUGAAUCCUUCUUACAGGGGUAUGGGUCUGCAUAGAAGUGAACUUCACUCGUACGUCCUCUCUUUGUCCCUGGAGUGCCAAAGCUGA